AUGUAAAUAAACCGAAAAGAAGAGGAAGCAGCGGUUUCAUCACGAAGAACAACACAGCUUUUAUUUGAAAAUGGCUCCACUUCACGAGGUUUCAUCACUCUCUCUCUCUCUCUUAUCUCCUCUCGCCGUAGGCUUUACUCGAGAACCAGACCCGAGAAUCGCUAAACUCGGAUUCAUUAUAUAUAUAUAUAUAUAUACAUAUACGUACAUUGUAUAAAAACACAAUUUAAAAUUACGAAACAAUCUUUGAUGAUGCGCUUGAAUUCUCCAAGGUUGUCUCUUUUCUUUCUCUGCUUUCGAAGUUUCGAGUGAUUCUCCCUCUCUCUCUCUAGUUUGCAACGGUAACAAAAGGAUUUUGUUUUCAAAAUCCGACAGAGAAAGAGAGAGAGAAAGUAAAGAUCAGAGCUUUCGUCUAGUCUUUCUUCUUCUGACAAUCAUUACCAGAAGAGACAAAAAACAAAAAAAAAACAGACAAUUUUUUUUGUUGUAAAGUCGGCGGUUAAAAAUGGAGAGAAGAAACGAAACGACGAUGAUGAUGAUGAAGAAAUCGAAGUGGCAGUACCCACAAGUGGGUCCUCCAACGCCGAGGAUUCUUCAGCUACCACGUAGGCAUAGUGUUCGACGACAUGCCGCAAAGGUGAAGACAACACCUUCUUCUUCUUCUUCUUCGUCUCACAAGGACCAGAGAGUGAAACUGGAGGUUCUGUUUCACCAAGAGAGGUCGUUUGAUCGAGGGACAUCUCCGGGACCGAUUGUGACGGUGAAUGAUGAGGAAAAGGAGGGAAGGAGAAGAGGGAAAGUUGCAGAUGGGAGAGAGAUUGGUGGGUUUGAUGAAGUGGAGGAAGCCAAGUGGAGGUUUCAGGCGGAGAUGUUGAGAUCAGAGUGUAAUUUGUUGAGAAUAGAAAAGGAUAUUGCUAUGAAGAAGAUUGAGAGGAGGAAGAAGCGAAUGGAGAGGACGCUUAGAUCUGCUGUUCAUACCCUUCUCUCUGGGAAACAGAGAAUCUCAGAAGGGAAAAAAGAGAGUCAGGUUUUGGAAGAUGAGAUAAGCUGUUUGAUUGAGAAGCUGAAUGAGUUAAAGUCUCCAAAGGUUAAAGACAUUGAAGUUAGAAACUGCAGACAUAAUUUUGACAGGCAAGCUUCUGUUUUAAGAAGAGAGCUGGAGAAGUUCGAUGAAGGAGUUUCAGAAGAGGUUUGUGUUAAAGGGAUUCAGAAAAUGGCAGAAGCUAGCUUCUUGGUCAAUCCUAACAUUCUAGCUGAUCAAAAUGUUCUUAAGAACAAUAAAGGAAAUAUAGAUACAUUGAGUAGUACAAUGGAGGCUUUAUCGAAAGGAGUUUUGUUAGAAAGAAUGAAGAAAGAGUAUGGAUCGAGUCUCUUUGCACCGUCUACAAGCGUUGUCUCCCAAACCAUUGAUCUUCAAGAUGUAUCUGUACAAGACAUGUAUAAUAAGGCAAUUAAAGUGAAUGAGGAAAAGCAAGACUGUUCUAGACACUGCAAGGCUGUUAUGAGGAAAAUCGCAGAUGAAGUAAGAGCAGAAGCAGAGCAAUGGUCACAAAUGCAAGAAAUGUUGGGUCAAGUGAGAAAUGAAAUGGAGGAACUUCAGUCUUGUCGUGAUUUCUGGCAAAACCGUGCUCUCGAUUCAGAUUCUCAGAUACAAAGUCUACAUUCCUCGGUUGAAGGAUGGAGAAGGAAGGCGUUAUCAUCUGAAGCAAAGUUGAAAAACCUACAAGCAGAGGUUUGUGGAUUACAAGAAGAUAUCGAGAGAUUGAGGAAGGAACAUAAGUUAGAACCAGAGAAGAACAAAUUGCCAUCAGAGUCAGAGAAGAGGGUAUUGAUUUGUAGGUUGAAAGAAAACCGACAUAGCAACAAUGGAGAUUGGUCUAAGUCCAGUGAAGGAAGAACAACAACAAAACCGUCUUGUUCAAGACCGCCUUUAAGGGAGAUUAAGAACGUUUCAGUCACAGCAAGGCAAAGAAACUCCAAUGUUAUGAAAAUGUAAUUUUUUUUUCUGACAACAAUAAAAAAAGGGAUUUUUCUGGUUUUUUCGCUGGUAAAUAAAUU